ACUGGAUGUCCAUCAAAUGGAUGUGAAUUUGAUCAACAGAUUUUCAAUUUAUGGCAAACACGAUGGAAACCAGAAAUUUACCGCCAGUUUUGAUAUGGAAUACGUGGACACACAAAACGGUACACAUCUGCAUAUUACUAACGAAGCCGACCUGGAGCUAAGGGUUUAUUACCCGGACUUUCAAUACAACGCAACGGAUAUCAUAUUCUGUCCCACAGGCCUUCACCCGAAUAACUAUGUUAUGGUUUUAGACAAACAUACCGGCGCUGUGCAGACAUAUAAAGUUGAUAUCCCAUCGAUGACUUACUUAGUGUUCAGUCGUGUCAAUGACAGCGAGUGUGAGAACUCUAACAUAAGUUGUAAUAAACCGCAAUUCUUGGACACAAUUCCCGAUUCUUUACGCAAACAAUUGGAGGCAAUCAUGGAUUAUAGUGAACCUGGAGUUUCCGGACACUUGUUGUGGUUUAACAUCAACGGGCGUCCUAUGUAUUGCUUCACUCACGAUAACCACCCAUUGUCAGCUCAGAGGCAACUCUCACUCCGUUUGCAACCGAAUGCUUCACUUCUGGUCAGACAAUUGAUUAUACAAAACGUCUGACAUCUGGUGAUACAAACGACCCGAC